GAAAAGUGCAACUUUUUAUGAAUAAUGGAUCAAGAAACAAAAACCAUCGACACCAAUCAAAACUUAAGCUGCCAGAUUCUAAUUCUUCAAUACAUGUGCCAUGAGUGUCCCCUAGUUUUUAAAGAAAAAGAAAGAUUUCUUCGCCACCAAGAUGUUCACAAACGAGAGAACGAGAUCAUUAAGUGUGCCAUGUGCGAUAUCCCAGUGCGAAGAAAAGAAUAUCGCCAACACAAGGUAACACAGCACGCAGCGCAGAAGCACAAGAUGAAAUGUUCGGUCUGCGACAAAUACUACACAAGAACGGUACAUCUAAGGAAGCACUAUGCCGAAGAACACGAAGAGUUUGGUGUUACUGUCAGUGUAAUCUGUGAGUUAUGCGGAUACGGCACUUAUAAUUAUGGCGGAUUAUUGAAUCAUAAACGUAUAUAUCAUAAUCCACAAAAAUUGUUUUUGUGUUCGGCUUGCCCUAAGCAAUUUCGUACCAAGAGUUUAUUGGACAACCAUAUGCCUGUACAUACCGGAGAUACGCCUUUUCAAUGCAACGUUUGUGGAAAGAAGUAUAAGCAUAGGUCAGGUCUUUUUUAUCACGAAAAAAUGCAUAAAGAGCAGUAUCUAGAAUGCCCACAUUGUCAUAGGCAAUUUGUUGCCAAACAUAAUAUGGAAAGUCACAUGAGAGUAUGUAUUAUUGACCAGUAUCUUGUAACAUAAUACAAGAGAA